GUUUUCGAUAGGGAUUGCAGCUUGGUCGUAUGUUAGCUAUUAUUUAAACUGACCCGAUAGCUAGUAAGACACUUGAGUUGUCACAUUAGUGCCUUAUACAUCGUUUUCGUCUUUUAUUAUUUCUGUAGCUAGCCUUACAUCCCAUGAGCUGGUCUUCUCCAGUUGCACCAGUGAUCACCAUGCCUCAGACAAAAUCUCAAGACAUGGGCUCUGCCUUCAUCCAGACACAGCAGCUAAGCGCUGCCAUGGCUGACACCUUUCUGGAGCACAUGUGCCUGCUGGACAUUGACUCUGAGCCCACCACUGCACGCAACACUGGCAUCAUCUGCACCAUUGGGCCAGCCUCUCGUUCUGUGGAUUUGCUGAAGGAGAUGAUCAAAUCUGGAAUGAACAUCGCUCGCAUGAACUUCUCCCAUGGCACACACGAGUACCAUGCACAGACCAUCAAGAAUGUACGUGAGGCAUGUGAGAGCUUUGAGCCUGGCAGCAUCCACUACAGGCCUAUCGGCAUUGCCCUGGACACCAAGGGCCCAGAGAUCAGGACUGGCCUCAUCAAGGGAAGUGGCACAGGUGAGGUAGAGCUGAAGAAAGGUAACAUGAUCAAGAUUACUUUAGAUGACACCUACCAGGAAAACUGCAGCGAUGAGAUCCUCUGGCUCGACUACAAGAACAUUACCAAAGUAGUUGAGGUUGGCAGCAAGAUCUACAUCGAUGAUGGACUUAUGUCCCUGCAAGUCAAAGAAAUUGGCUCUGAUUUCCUUAUGUGUGAGAUUGAGAAUGGUGGCACCCUGGGGAGUAAGAAAGGAGUGAAUCUCCCCGGUGCUGCUGUAGACCUGCCUGCUGUUUCUGAGAAGGACAUCCAAGACCUGCAGUUUGGUGUGGAGCAGGGAGUCGACAUGGUCUUUGCCUCCUUCAUCCGCAAAGCAGAGGACGUACAUGCUGUCAGAGCAGUGCUGGGAGAGAGAGGCAAAAACAUUAAGAUCAUCGGCAAGCUGGAGAACCACGAGGGUGUGCGCAGAUUUGAUGAGAUCAUGGAGGCCAGUGAUGGCAUCAUGGUUGCCCGUGGUGACUUGGGUAUUGAGAUCCCCACAGAAAAGGUUUUCCUGGCUCAGAAGAUGAUGAUUGGUCGCUGCAACAGAGCUGGCAAACCGAUUACAUGUGCCACUCAGAUGUUGGAGAGCAUGAUAAAGAAACCCAGACCCACCCGUGCUGAAGGCAGCGAUGUAGCCAACGCCGUGCUGGAUGGAGCUGACUGCAUCAUGCUCAGUGGAGAGACCGCCAAGGGAGACUACCCUCUAGAGGCAGUUCGCACACAGCACAUGAUAGCACGAGAGGCCGAAGCAGCGACCUUCCACAGACAGCUGUUCGAGGAGCUGAGAAGACUCUCCGAUCUGACCAGAGACCCUUCAGAGGCCACAGCAAUUGGGGCUGUUGAGGCAUCCUUCAAAUGCUGCGCUAGUGGCAUCAUUGUUCUCAGCAACAGUGGGAGGUCCGCCCAUUUGAUCUCCAGGUACAGGCCCCGUGCCCCCAUCCUUGCUGUGACCCGUAACGCCCAGACAGCUCGCCAAGCUCACCUGUACCGCGGCAUCUUCCCUGUACUCUACACCAAGCCUGCUCACGACGUGUGGGCAGAGGAUGUCGACAUGCGUGUCAACUUUGCCAUGGAUAUGGGCAAAGCCAGAGGUUUCUUCAGAGAGGGAGAUGUUGUCAUCAUCUUGACUGGUUGGCGCCCAGGCUCUGGUUACACCAACACCAUGCGUGUGGUUCUGGUAGCCUGAACAACAAACAGAGCUGUACUGCUUUCUCUCUCUCUCUCUCUCUCUCUCUCCAUCUUUCAUAGCUCUCAACCCCAAACUCCACUUCUGCUCACAGCCCUUCUCAUCUAUCCCCCAGCUCACAGAUGUAACAUCCUGAAUUUAGAAUUUAGGCAAUGAAAAAUAAAAUAGAGUAUAGCUUGAUAGCCAGAGAGCUGUUUUGGGUGGAAGUUGAGGCUUGUUCUGUACAAUUCCACUUUUUCCUCCAUUCCUUUCACACCACUUAAUCAGAUGAGUGUUCGGGGCCUGAGAUUAACACUCCCUGACCAGAAACUGCUGUAUUUGUUCACUCACGCUUGUAUAAUUUAAAAGUGAAGCAAUCGAAGAGUGAGUGCAUCCUGGUCUAUGUGCAUACUGGUGCUCGUUGAGGUGGGGUUGGUGGUGGGUCAGACUGAUGUUAGCACCUUGAGUGCUGUAACAGUUUACUAAUCACACUCAUCUGUUGACUGAAUGAACAAAGUGGCAUGGUCAAUCAAAAGGCUCCUCCUGCAGCGCAGCCUUGGCUCCACCAUUCCACUUAAACAGAUCUUUGCGUAGUGCUGUCUGUAUGAAGUGUCCUCUGUUAAUGCCAGCUUUCAUUGUAUUUUAGUGUAUCUGUAAAUGCUGCAUUCCUAUUCUACUCCAGACAGUGUUCCAUUCUAUGUAACACCAAGUCAAGUAUAAACUUCUGUUAAUGGUUAAGUUUUGUUAUGGGACAUUUAUUCUACUUAAAUUUUGUUUGACUAUGGAGAAAUGUUAGUUUUGGAAGUCCACUCAGAGGGGUUUAAGCUAGUUGAUAUGUAUAUUAGAUGAGUUAUAAAGCCUUUACAUAUAUUUGCAUUUGGAUCAGAUGUACUGUAAGUUGGCAUUUGUGAAUCAUGCAUGGUUCACCCAAGUUGAUGAUAUGAAUGAGCACGUGACCCCACCUGUCACUGUCCUAGUGAGUGAUGGGUUUCUCUCCCUACACUGGUGACCUACUGUAGCUAUCUUCAUGUCUCUAAAAUGCUUUUGAUUGUAAGAUCCAACUAAAUGGAGAGGGGUUUUAUGUUUAAGUGGUUACUGAGCUAUCCAAUGAGACUGGAUUUCCAUCAAUAAAAGAGAUGAGCAUUGA